CCUCGGCGCUAGGCCCCGCCCCCUCGGCGCUAGGCCCCGCCCCCGCAGGGCGCUCCCGGCCGCCCGGGUCCCGCAGUCGCUCCUCAGCCGCCGCCGCCGCGCCCGCAGCCUCUCCCAGUGCUCCCAGUACCCUCCAGUGCCCCCCAAGGGCCCUCCCUGUACCCCCCCAGUCCCCCCCAAGGGCCCUCCCUGUACCCCACCAGUACCCCACCAGUACCCCCCAGCGCUCCCAGUGCCCCCUCUUUGCGGGGACCAUGUUCCUGGUGAAGGGGCUGCUGGGGGGGGGCGGGGGCGGGGGGGGGCGGGGGGGGGCUCCCCGGGGGCAUCGGCUCGGUGCUGGGGGGACUGCUGAGCGGAGGGGGUGCGGGGGGGGCGCGGGGGGGGCGCCGGGGGGGCCAUGGGGGUCCUGGGGGGCGUCAUCAGCGCCAUCAGCGAAGCGGCCGCCCAUUAUAACCCUGAGCCCCCACCCCCCCGCACCCACAUCUCCACGGUGGAUGCCAACGAGAGCGAGGAGGUGCGGCAGUUCCGGCGGCUCUUCGCCCAGCUCGCCGGGGAUGACAUGGAGGUGAGUCCCACCGAGCUCAUGAACAUCCUCAACAAAGUCGUCACCCGGCAUCCUGACCUGAAGACGGACGGCUUUGGCCUCGACACCUGCCGCAGCAUGGUGGCUGUGAUGGACAGCGACACGACGGGGAAACUCGGCUUCGAGGAGUUCAAGUACCUGUGGAAUAACAUCAAGAAGUGGCAGUGUAUUUACAAGCAGUUUGACACCGACUGCUCGGGGACUAUCGGGGCGCAGGAGCUGCCGGGGGCCUUCGAGGCCGCAGGUUUCCGCCUGCCCCCCCCACUUUGGGGGGUGCUGGGCCGUCGCUAUGGCGACGAGGGGGGGAGCCUCGAUUUCGACAACUUCAUCAGCUGCCUCGUGCGCCUCGACGCCAUGUUCCGUGCCUUCAAGUCGCUGGACCGGGAUGGGAGCGGACAAAUCCGCGUCAGCCUCCAGGAGUGGCUGCAGCUCACCAUGUACUCCUGAGGUGCCCGUGCUUUGGGGGGGGGCACCCAGACCCUCCCCCCCCCACACCCACAUCUGCUCCCCCCCCGCACCCACAUCUGCUCCCCCCCACUGUGCCAUGGGGGGCCCGCCCCCCCCCAGUCUGCUCCCCCUCCCCCAGUAAAGCUCAGCCAGCCCCA